AUGUGUGUUGUGACAAGGGUGCUGAGUGGACUGUUGACAUUUACAGAUGUGGCCAUCAAAUUCUCUCUGACGGAGUGGCAAUUCUUGGAUACUGCACAGUGGAAUUUAUAUAGGAAGAUGAUGUUAGAGAACUACAGGAAUCUGGUCUUCCUGGGUAUUACUGUCUCUAAGCCAGACCCGAUCACCUGUCUGGAGCAAGAAAAAGAGCCCUGGAAUAUGAAGAGACAUGAGAUGGUGGAUGAGCCCCCAGAUGGAGUCUCACUCUGUCACCCAGGCUGGAGUGCA